AUGGAGCCCCACGAGAGACGGCUCUCGGCGCAGAUCUUCUACGUGCUGGCGCUCACCUGUUGUGGGCGAGCGCUGUCAGUCGUGCAGCGGGUGCCCGAAGGAUGGGGCAUCGAGGCCUGGAGGCGGUUGUGUAUUGAGUUCGAGCCGAAGCCUCUCAGCCGAUCCCAGGGCAUGCUGCAGCACUUGCUGGACCCUGUGCGUGGCCCAGACGCCGUCGAGAACAUCUAUGCCUGGGAGCGGAAGCUGAAGCAGUAUGAGGAGCAGCCGGGCGACACGAUGGCCGACACGAUCAAGCUAGCGACGCUCAACAGCAAGCUCCUGGAAGGCAACCUGAGGACCCACCUCAACCUGCAGGCGAGACGCCUGCAGACGUACGAAGCGGCCAGGAACGAAGCGAUCUCGUACCUGCGCGCGACCGCCAGCCAGGAGCAGGAGCCCGUGCCCAUGGACCUGAGCCCUGUGACAGGAGAGCUGUACCCUAUGACGAGGGGCGGCGAAGGCAAAGGCAAGGGCAAGGGCAAGUCAGGCAAAGGCAAGGACCACGACGGCAAGGGUAAGAACAAGAGGGUCUGCUUCUACUGCGCCAAGCCGAACCACACGAAGCAAGAGUGCAGGGUGUUCGCGACGGACCGCACGAAUAAGGACAUCAAGCCAGACAAGGCAGGACGAUACAUGGGCAAGCCAGUCGACAAGGUCACUGGCAAGCGUGCUGACGCCGAGAAGGGAGACAUGGCAGCACUGACGGCGCUGUCAGGUGACGACUACUACGAUGAGGCAGACGGGUUCGUCUUCGCCCUGACCGACGAAGUGAUCGUGGUGGGGGACUGCUGCGCGCUCGAGAGCGACGAGUUCGACCUCCUCUUCGACACCUGUGCGGCGAAGAGUGUCUGCCCACCGACAUGGGCCCCAGAGGUCGCUGUCGAGGAGUGCCGUGGUACGGUGCUCUACCAGGCGGACGGCAACGAGGUCGCACACUACGGCAGGAAGGAAGAGAGCAUGGUGGACCAGAGCUCGGGCGAGCAGCUGACGGUGAACUUCGAGGCGAAAGGAGUGCGGAAGCCGAUCAUGGCGGCGAGCUCCCCAGUCGACGCGGGCUACGGAGUGUGGCUGUACGACGGAGGGAGCUACAUCGUGAAGCCCAAGCAUGCGAAGGAGUUGGCGACGGUCGUAAGAAACAGCGUCGGCAAGAACAGGUCCAUCGAGUUGAGGCGGAAGAACGGCAUCUUCAUCAUCCCAGCUCGGCGGUGCCCACGAAGCGGCGAGCUGUGUGCGGCGACGGAGAGGGACGAGGAGCCGAAGAAGCGCGCGAGGUUCAGCAACGACCUCGAGGAGAGCGAGGACGCCAGGCCCGCGCUCACCAAAGCGCUUGCGCAUUGGCCGAGCGCGAAGGAGAAGGCUAGGCACGAGCUGACCCACUGCCCGUACCGCGCCUGGUGCAGGUACUGCUUGACGGGCCAGGCGACCGAGGAUCCCCACAAGAGCCAGUCCAAGGAGUCGACGGUUGCAAAGCUCGCGCUGGACUACUGCUUCCUCGCGCGCGAAGGGGAGCUGCAUAAGGCCAAGAUUCUGGUCUUCGUGCUGAGGCCCCCUGGCGCCGUGGGAGCGACGCAGGUGGCGAAGAAGGGGAUCGAUGACGUUGCAGUCGAGUCCGUGCUCUUCUACCUCGAGGAGUGGGGUGAUGGUGAGGUCGUGCUGAGGGCAGACCAGGAGCCAGCCAUCCAGGCGCUGCUUGUGGAGCUACGCCGGCGCCGAGUCGAGCACCACCGCACUACGAUCGAGAAGUCCAUGAAGCACGACAGCAAGGCGAACGGCGGCAUCGAGGUGGUGGUGCGCAUGGUGGAGUCGCUCACUCGCACCUACGUGGCCGUCAUCGAAGACAAGUACAAGACCAAGGUGACGAGCCAGUCGGUGAUCCUCCCGUGGCUGGUCAGACACUCGGCGUACAUCAUAACUAGGUUCGUUCUGAAGAGUGAUGGUCAGAGUGCCUGGGCGACGAUACGAGGGAAGGAGUUCACUUUUUCUCUCGCGGGUGUGGGCGAGACGGUGGACUUCAAGCUGAUUCGCAAGGACCAGUCAUUCAAGAGACGUGAUGAGAGCGAGCGCUGGAUCCAGGAGGAGUUCAGGACGUUCAUCGGCGUGCCCUGGAACCCUAGGGCCCCGACGACGGAGACCCCAGUGGUAAGCACGAGGGCGAGGAACAUCACUCGCGCCCUGAUCCAGGAGCACGGUGAGAAUCCUGACAGUACGGCCUGCCUGGGGCUGUCCAGCGUGCACACGAUCGCGUGCAGGGCUCGCUUCGAGGAGAUCUUCAGGAAGCAGGCUGAGCAGCUGAUCCAGACACGGCGGGCGAGCGGCGCAGGCAGCGCCGAGGCCCCGACCCCAGGACCUCCAGGAGGAGACCCAGGACCCCAGAGCCAGCCAGGACAGCCACAGGCCAUCGGCGCACCUCCAGGGCUGGAGUUGCCUGCGGCCAGUGGUCCGAAGCGUGAAGGUGAUACAGUCCACGACGGAGAGCCAGCGAGGAAGAGGCCAGUCAUCGACGUGGCCCCCGCUGCGCCCAUGGACACCGACCCAGAAACCGAGGCCAUGACCCUCGGCGCGCUCAGCGAAGAGAAGGCCCCCGUCCCGACCUUCGACGAGAAGCUGUUUGCGAGAAGCUUCCACGACCAGUACACUUGGGAGGUCCUCCCGAAGGAGCUGGUGCUGGAGGGCGUGAAGCGCGAGCUCGACGAGAUGGAGGAGUUCGAGGUGAUGGUCUGGAAGAAGCGCAGCGAGAAGCCACCAGGCGAGAGAGUGAUCUCCACCAAGCUCUUCCACACGCGGAAGGGGCCAGACUGCGUGCGAUCACGGAUCGUCGCGCGGGACUUCGCAGGCGGCGUCUUCGCACCAGAACACUAUGCAGGGACACCUCCGACGUGGGCGCUGAAGCUGGUGAUCUCGAGGCUGGAAUCGCGGGGAGAGUCAAGGCAGCUUGCAUCGCACGACAUCUCGGUGGCAAUUUUCCAUGCGCAGCUGAAGGAAGCAGUCUGGGUCGAGCCGCCGAAGGAGAUGAAUUGCCCAGACUGGCUCUGGCUCGUGAGCAAGGCACUGCCCGGGAUGAGGGAGUCGAGCGCUGACUUCCAGGAGCUGGUGCGGGACACGUACCGAGAGCACGGCUGGAACAUCUUGUCGACGGUGCCCUGCUUGGCGUAUCACAGCGAGUGGGACUACCUGUCGGGGUUCCACGGCGACGACUUCUACACCGAGGACGAGCCACAGCAGCUGGACAACUUCGACGCUAUGAUCACGGGGCGCUUCAAGGCCAAGAUCCUCCCAAGGGUGGGGCCAGCAGCUGAAGACAAGGGUCUGGUCCUACGACGACUUCUACUGUGGAGCCCGAACGGGUUCAUGCUGCUGCCUGACCCGAAGCACUUCGAGAACCUGAGCACGCUGCUGGACCUGAAGGGUGCGAAGCCGUCCCCGACGCCUGCCAGCCGAGCGACAGGCAAGAACGCACGAGACGCACUUGAAGGGCUGAAGCGGGCCGAGAAGGCGAUCUACCGCAGGGGGACGGGCAUAUGCAUGUACAUCGGCCCAGACCGUUUCGACAUCCAGUUCGCAGUGAAGCAGCUGGCAUCGGAUAUUGGACAUCCGACGCGUUUGAGUAUGAUGAGGUUACGGAGGCUGGCGCGCUACCUGGCUGGGACGCACGACGUUGGCAUCGAGUUCCUCUACCAGGCGUCCUGGAACGACAUCGUGGUGCACUCCGACGGCGACUGGAGUGGCGACGGUGCCGUCGCGCUCAGCAGCGCGGAGUCGGAGUUCUAUGCGAUCGGCUCGGCGGCGGCUCGGGGGAUCACAGUCAUGCAGGUGAUGGUCGAGAUUGCUGAGCUGGGAGCGGGCCUUCCAGCGGACGUGAAGCUGAUCAUCCGCACGGACUCGGACGCGGCGCUGAGGGAGAAGCAGUUCGAGAUCGAGCGAGUUGAUGGUAAGAAGAACCCGAGUGAUGCAGGGACGGAGGCGCUCGACCAGGAGGCGCUGCAGGCCUGCAUGGUGAACCUCGGGAUCGUGAGCAGGACUGUGGCAGGCUUCGGCACGGACGAGGCCGCCCAGGUCCUAGCGGCGCUGCUGCUGUGUGCGACGGCGCGGACCGCACACGGAGCAGACGCGAGCACCUGCGUGGCGGAUGCGAGCCAGACAGAGACGUAG